UCCGGUUCAGGGGAUGUUUGUGGAAGAUGGCGGCAGCGAGGAGACCGUGACUUGAGGAGGGGGGUGGUGGUGGCGGCGUGGAAGCAGCGCUGUAGCGAAGUCGAACCAAACAGGCCCGUAGUGUGAAAGAACAGAAAGCCUGACCAUUGGAUAAUUUCAGAAAUUGGUAAAGGAGGACAAAGCAUUGAUAAGGGAAAGCAGAGUAAGGAGAUUUGUUAGAAGAAUUUUAUCAUCAUGGCUUUGGAAAUAACCUCACCUCCUCGAUUUUUUCACAUGCCAAGGUUUCAGCACCAGGGACCAAGGCAUACCUUUUACAAGCGGCCAGAUUUUGCUCAGCAGCAAGCUAUGCAGCAACUGACCUUUGAUGGCAAACGUAUGAGAAAAGCUGUGAACAGGAAGACGAUCGAUUAUAAUCCAUCAGUUAUUAAAUUCUUAGAGAACCGGGUUUGGCAGAGAGAUCACAGAGACCUCCGAGCAAUUCAGCCUGAUUCAGCAUAUUAUAAUGAUCUGGUGCCACCCAUGGGAAUGCUGCAGAAUCCAAUGAAUGCUGUAACAACUAAGUUUGUCCGAACCUCAACCAAUAAAGUAAAGUGUCCAGUGUUUGUUGUCAGGUGGACUCCUGAAGGAAGGCGUUUAGUCACCGGGGCUUCAAGUGGCGAGUUCACUCUCUGGAAUGGGCUGACGUUUAACUUUGAAACUAUUUUACAGGCUCAUGACAGUCCUGUUAGAGCCAUGACCUGGUCUCAUAAUGAUAUGUGGAUGCUGACAGCCGACCAUGGUGGAUAUGUGAAGUAUUGGCAGUCCAACAUGAACAAUGUGAAGAUGUUCCAAGCUCACAAGGAGGCGAUUAGAGAGGCCAGUUUCUCACCAACGGAUAAUAAAUUUGCCACAUGUUCUGAUGACGGCACAGUUCGAAUUUGGGACUUUCUUCGAUGCCAUGAGGAACGUAUACUUCGAGGACAUGGUGCUGAUGUGAAGUGUGUAGACUGGCAUCCGACCAAGGGAUUGGUUGUAUCUGGAAGUAAAGACAGCCAACAGCCAAUCAAAUUCUGGGAUCCUAAGACGGGUCAGAGUCUUGCAACACUUCAUGCUCACAAGAACACAGUGAUGGAAGUUAAAUGGAAUCAGAAUGGGAACUGGCUUCUUACGGCAUCACGUGAUCAUCUCUGCAAAAUGUUUGACAUUCGGAACUUAAAGGAUGAGUUACAGGUUUUCAGAGGACACAAAAAAGAGGCUACAGCUGUGGGUUGGCAUCCAGUGCAUGAGGGAUUAUUUGCCAGUGGGGGAUCUGAUGGCUCAUUGCUCUUCUGGCAUGUUGGUGUUGAGAAGGAGGUUGGAGGAAUGGAGAUGGCUCAUGAAGGAAUGAUUUGGAGUCUAGCCUGGCACCCACUUGGGCACAUACUUUGUUCAGGAUCCAAUGAUCACACCAGUAAAUUCUGGACGCGAAACAGACCUGGAGAUAAAAUGAGAGAUCGCUACAAUCUCAACUUGCUUCCAGGAAUGUCAGACGAAGCUGUAGGAGAGUAUGAUGACAUUGAGCCAAACAGUCUGUCCAAUAUUCCUGGGAUGGGCAUUCCAGAGCAACUGAAACAAGCCUUGGAGCUGGAACAGACCUGCAAAGAAGAGGUGAAUGAAGUGGAGAUGGCAAUUCCUGGAUUGGACUGGGGCAUGGAUGAAAUGAUGUUGAAGGAUCAAAAGAAAGUGAUACAGAAGAAAGUCCCUUAUGCAAAGCCAAUUCCUGUACAGUUCCAGCAGGCAUGGUCUCAGAACAAGGUUCUCACAAUCCCUGUUGAGGAGCCAAAAAUCGAGAGAACAGAAGAGAAGAAAAAGGAUGAAAAGAAGAAAUCUCAAGCAGAAAUUGAGCAGGAGAUGGCUGCCCUGCAGUACACCAAUCCAUUGCUCCUGGAGCAACUGAAGAUUGAGAGAAUGGCACAGAAACAGGCUGAACAAGUUCAGCAGCAACAACAAGGACCUUCCAUGGCACCACAGACCUUUCCAGGACAAGGAUUUAUUCCACAAGGUCCACAAGCCUUUCAGCAGGCACAUCCACCUCAACAGAUGCAGAUGAACAUGCCUCUUGGACAUUCAGGACUGCAAGGCAAUUUCAGAGCACCAGUACCUCCAGGACAAAUGGGUCCUCAAGUACCCCCACUAAUGCAGGGGCCUAUUGGGUCCCAAGGAUUAAUGGGACCCCAAGCACACGCAGGACCACAAGGAAUUCAUGGUCCAGGAGGUCACCCUGGACCUCCGGGGCACCCUGGACCCCAGGGGCAUCCAGGGCCUCAAGGCCACCCUGGACCUCAGGGGCACCCAGGCCCUCAAGUUCACCCAGGACCCCCAGGCCACCCUGGACCCCAAGGCCACCCAGGACCACAUGCUUCACAGGGUUUUCCAGGUCCCCAAAACCACCCUGGGCCACAAGGACCGCAAGGACCACAUGCUCAGCAAGGUCAUCCAGGUUCCCAAGGACAUCCAGGGCCUCAAGGUCAUCCAGGUUCACAAGGACAUCCAGGGCCCCAAGGUCAUCCAGGGCCCCAAGGUCAUCCAGCUUCACAAGGUCAUCCAGGGCCUCAAGGUCAUCCAGGUUCACAAGGUCAUCCAGGGCCUCAAGGACAUCCAGGGCCUCAAGGACAUCCAGGGCCUCAAGGACAUCCAGGGCCUCAAGGUCAUCCAGCUUCACAAGGACAUCCAGGGCCCCAAGGUCAUCCAGCUUCACAAGGACAUCCAGGGCCCCAAGGCCAUCCAGGGCCCCAAGGCCAUCCAGGGCCCCAAGGAUUACCUGGGACACAAGGAAUGCAAGGACCAUCAGGUCCAAGAGGAAUGCAAGGCCCUCCGAUGCAGGGACCUCAGCAGGGAAUACAAGGACAUCCCCAGGGGAUGCAAGGACCGCAGGGACCCCAAGCACCAGGAGGACCACCACAUUCUCAGCAUGGUGCUUCAAACACACAAGGGCCACCUCAUCAAACCUCUUCGUUCCAACAGCCAGCCAAGCCAUCAUUGCUGGGUGAUGGACCUAGAAUGCCUUUUAACCAGGCUUCAAACCAAGUGCCACCGUUGUUGAUGGUGGGGCAGGGACCAGUUCGCCUGCCUGCAUCCAAUCAAGGGCCUGCUGGUCCUGGGCCAAGCAAAGGUGACUCUCAUGGUCCACCAAACCAUCACACAGGCCAAUCGCAAGAAAUGAGGCGAGAUCAUAGUGCCGAGCGGGACCCUGAGCGAGGACCUCCUUUCAGGGGAUCCCAGGACUGGGGGGAUCACCGCGAUAACAGAGGGUCUGCAGAGAGGCGAGGUCCACCACAGGACUACCACGAUCGUUUUGAGGGACCCGAUCAAUUCCACGAUGACUUCCGCAAGGACGAGCGAUUCGGUCACCGGCCGCGGGAGUUUGAGAACCGUAUGGGUCCGAACCCUCAUGAGGAGGGUUGGCGAAGGGGUCCUGGUCCUCAGCGGGAUUUUCCUCCUGAUCAGGAGUACAGGGAAUUUGGGGACCCGGAGCAGAGGGGCCCAGGUCGGUGUCCACCCCAAGGUUGGGACGGAAGGAAAGCCCCGGAAGAGCGAUUCCCGAGGGAGCCUGAAGAAGCACGUUUUCGUGGGCGGAGAGAUGACAGGUUCCGGCCGGUUCGAGGGGGACCUCGUCACGAUGGAUGUGGCCCACGGGGGAGAGAAGCUUUUACCAACAUGGAUGACUUCAUGGGGGACGAUGAGUUUAACCAAACAGAGGAGAAUGCAAGGGGUCGUGAUCCAGCAGUUAGAGGGCGUGGCCGUGGAGUGAUGCGAGGUGGGCGAGGGGGUCUUCUUCCCCUACCUGGCCAUGACGACUUCCCACGAUUUGAAGGUGGCCGUAAGUCUGAGAAAAGGCCAUUGUCUCCAGGAGGUCAACGCGACGGCUGGGGUGGCAGAGGGGACCGCGGAGAAAUCCACGAACCUGUCAGAGAACCAGGACGAGGAGGCCCAUCAGCGUCGCUGCGAAUGUCCAAACCUGGCCGCUCCAACUCGAACGAGGGAGAUAGACACGACAGCUUCCAACGGGAUGAGGCAUUUGUUGGCCCAGGAGGACCUCCCCCCCGGGGUGGAGCUAGGGGCGGGCCCAACUGGGGCCGGAGUGGGAAGAACUCGGUACAACCGUCACGACGAGGACCGAUCAGAGGCACCAGAGGGAGAUGAGGAAGCAGCACUGAGAGAUGGGAUUUUACUCUAGCUGCUCUGGGGCGUGUAUAGUCUUUCAAACGAACCUUGUGCGAAUGGCCCGUGCAAGAAUCUGGCCCUGGGAGAUGCAGAAACCUUUCCUUUUUUCAUUUUUGUACAGCUGGCAGCAGUGUUUGUUGUUAAACUCCAGCAGUUUUAGUGUUGUGAGCUCUGGAGCACUGCCACACACACACACGACAUGUCAGAUCAACGUUGCUCUGACUUGGUGUACAGUUUGUCUCAAGUGUCAUUUUGUAUGACUACACAAUAUAAUUUGUGCAAAAUUUAACCGAAAGAUAGAGACCUGGUCUGUUUUUAUUUUGCCACAUCUUGUUUUACAUGCAUCACACAGCUGUUGAUCUCUCUGAAGUCAUUCUCUGAAGUACAGAGAAGAAAAUAAAAGUAGGUUUUAUCCACUGUUUAGGGGCAGAGUUGAUUUGGGCAGUAAGAUCUGAUGCUGAUUCUGAGGCAGACAUUUGGUAGCUUUAGCUGCCUGCCUUUGCAAAUGACCUAUGAUUGUUUUUGAGAGAUAACUGCUGUCUAAGACACCAGAACUGCCUACCCAAACAGCCAAAUGUGACUCCUUCUGCAAUGGCGCACUCCCUCAGUACUGCACUCACAUGUCACUGUAAAUAAUGCAUUCGGAUCCUGGAAAUGGGGUUGAACUUACUCAGUGGUCAGGCUACCCAUGCAGCCAAGUUAACCUGCUUGGGAUAAUGGAAAGCUACACACUCAGAGUAAAGUUACAGGUAAUGCAAAACAAGUCACAAGAACAUGGCAUCACUCAUCCGGGUGUGGGCAGUGCGGUCGCAGGCAGAGAGGUGGAGACUAGGUGGCGACGCAUUCACUGAGAGAGUGUGAGACAAGUGUUUGUCAUGCAGGCGCAGAUAUAGGCAGCGCUGAUGCAUUUGUGCUUACCUAUUGAUGAUGGAGAGGCAAAUAAAAGCCAGCUGUGAGUAAUAUGGCGGCAAUUCCUGGGUUUCUUCCAUGUAAAAGUACAUACUGCCAGACCUGACCAAACUUACCGAAGGUUCAGAGGAAGCAAUGGAGAUGUACAGUCAAGUUGAAAUUGAUUGUCUUCUCAGCUUUCCCGAAGCAGAUUGCACUCAGGAUCUGCGACUGGCUCCCUUCUCCGUUACUUUUCCAAUUUGUCCAUUAAUUAAUUUGUUAUUGCCCUUCAUCACCAAAAUUUUAUUUGCUGGUCUGUUUUGCCAAGUCCUACAGUGUCCCAUACUUAAAAGACAGAAACACUAGCCUUAUAACUUUUUUUGGUGGUUCUUGUUAGGAACUAGGGUAAUUGUUAUAUGUUUACUUUCAAGAUUCUCUUGGGCUCAGCAAAAACUUCACAAAUGGUCGGGGCGUUGCAGGUUUUGUAUUUGAGAUUUAAUCUACUCAUUUUGCUGGUGCUUCUCAAGACUUGCUGCAGGCAGACCGUGCAACUACUGGAGAAAAUGCGUUUGUACUUGAAUUGCCAGUGAGCAAAGGCACAGAGACAAUUGGACUCAAUUAAUUCAACCGGUAUAACUUCAUACAAAUAUAUUCUGGUCUUCCCACUUUAGUGGGUCACCUGACCACACGUGGAAUAGCUCUUAUCGCCUGUGUAGUAUUCUAAUCCUGUCAAUUGUCACCCUGCCAAAAUCUCGGGGUGGGCUCUCCAUUAGUUGAUUUACCCGAUCUGAUCCCAAAUGUUCAUCCAUUUUGGUCUGCACUGUGAACUGUGAUCUGCAACCUGAUUGUGUAUUAAAGAUCAUUUUUGUGAA